GUGCAUGGAAUCAUUAGGCGAUCAAGCUCUUUCAACACUGGGAGAAUUUCUCAUUUAUAUGCUGAUAUCAGAUCCCACAAAAUGGGAGCCAUGAAACUACAUUAUGGGGAUCUUACUGACAGUACAAACUUAGUAAAAAUUAUCAGUGAGGUGAAACCGAAUGAAGUUUACAAUUUAGGAGCUCAAAGCCAUGUGAAGGUUUCAUUUGAUUUAGCUGAGUACACUGCAAAUGUUGAUGCCGUGGGAACUCUCAGGCUAUUAGAUGCAAUCAAAACUUGUGGACUGGAAAAGGACGUCAGGUUUUAUCAGGCCUCUACAAGUGAAAUGUUUGGAAAAGUUCAAGAAAUUCCACAGACCGAGAAAACUCCAUUUUACCCCAGGUCACCAUAUGGUGCCGCAAAAGUGUAUGCCUUCUGGAUAGUGGUAAAUUAUAGAGAGGCUUACAACAUGUUUGCCACCAAUGGAAUCCUAUUCAAUCAUGAAAGUCCACGCAGAGGUGAGACAUUUGUAACAAGGAAGAUAACAAGAGCAGUGGCAAAAAUCCAUUUAGGACUACAGGAUGAGCUUCAACUUGGAAAUUUGGAUUCUAAAAGAGAUUGGGGGCACGCCAGAGAUUAUGUUGAGGCUAUGUGGCUUAUUUUGCAACAUGAUAAACCAGAAGACUUUGUAAUAGCAACUAACAAAGUCCAUAGUGUCAGAGAAUUUGUUGAAGCAGCUUUUCAAGAAGUUGGCAUAACCAUUAUGUGGGAAGGAGAUGGUGAUAAAGAAAUUGGUUUGGACAAAGACAGCAGGAAGGUUCUUGUAAGAGUGAAUCCAAAGUUUUACAGACCUACAGAAGUGGAAUACCUUCAAGGAUCAUUUGAGAAAUCAAAGAAACUCCUUGGCUGGGAACCUAAAGUGUCUUUUGAGGAACUGGUCAAAGAAAUGGUGCAGGAAGACAUAGCACUGAUGAACAGAAACCCAUUAGCUUAACUCUACCAAGAUAAUAGUCCAAUUUUAAGUUCAUUGGAUGAAUGCACAGUGAAGACAUUUUCACAUGAUUAGCCACUUCAUUGAGGGAAACUAAAAGCAUAGAUGAAGUUCUGGCAGGAUGACUUGUUUCCAGUUUCUUCAAUUUUUAAAUUUCAUGCACCCCCACCCAGCUGUAGUAUUUGCAAUUAUUAUCCAACUAUGCUUCUAGAGUACAAAUAACGCCUGAGAUGAGUAAAAAUAUCAUGCGAUAUUUGUACUCUAGAAAUAUCCACGAAAUUUGCGUACAUUGAAAUAACAAUUUGGUGUGUUGGAUAAUAAA